AUGGGGAGAUCAAAAAUGAAAGUGGAACUAAUUCAAGAUCACAAGAAGAGAAUGACAACUUUAGUGACACGGAAAGCUGGCUUAGUCAAGAAAAUCUCGGAACUCUCAAUACUUUGCGACAUCAAAGCAUGCAUGAUCAUACAUGAAGGAAAUAAUCAUCAAAUCUGGCCGAGUGAUUCAAAUGAUGUUCAAGAGCUAAUAAAUCUCUACAAUCACCAACCACUCGAUGGCCGGACUAAGAGGGGUAAGACAUUGUCCAACUUCUUCGAAAAUGAUGAAAAGAAAAAGGCUGAGAUCAAAGUAGAAAAGUAUCCCACUUGGGAUUCAAGAUUUGACUAUUUAUCUGAAAAAGAAUUGCAAAAUCUUGCUGGUGUUGUUGAGAAAAAGAUGGAGAAGGCAAAAGGAAAAAUAGAAUUGUUGAAGAGCAUGAAUGUUCAUAUUAGAAGUUGCUCAGUUUCUCAUCAACAAAUAUGGGACAACAACUUGAUGAACCAAACUACUCUGUCUCUGUGGCCUAUUUCUAAUGUGAAUUCUUUCACCGAUUACAACAACUUCUUUCAAUCAAAUAUUCCAAUUAGUGGUAUGAUUGAGGCUGAAAACUGGUCUGCAAAUGUUGGAAUUGGUUCAAGUUCGACAAUGCAGCCUAUGGGGAGUAAUGGGAUUGGUUCAACUUCGACAAUGCAGCCUAUGGGGAAUAAUUAUGGGAUUGGUUCAACUUCGACAAUGCAGCCUACGGAUCAGUACCCUUUCAUAUACAAUGAUUCUACUCGUGAUAUUGGUUCAAGUUCGACAAUGCAGCCUAUGGAUCAGUACAAUGACUCUACUCAUGAUAUGUCUUAUGGAUUCGUGUAG